CUCUGUAAAAAAAACGGCAUCAUUUUAAAACAGCAUCAUUUUUUUAAAACCCUCUGUAAAAAAAACGGCAUCAUUUUAAAACAGCAUCAUUUUUGUACUGCUAAUUUUGGCGGUGAUCACCUCCCAUAUCUCACCACUUCAUUUCACUCAGAGUCUCAAUACACAGUCACUUGUGAGAUGCUGAAUCUCCACCCAAACAGUUUAACAACAAUGAACUUGGAUGGCUUCAAUUUCAGUGGAAUUGCUGGAACUAUGUUUUUGGCAAAGAUUCUUCAAGCAUUUCAAUCACUGGAAUUACUUAGCUGCUCCUACUGCUCUCUCACCUCUGCCGACAUUAUAAUGCUUAUCCAUCAUCUCAAGUCCGCUAAUGUGGUAUGUAAGAAUUUAUAUUCGUUGGAUCUCAGGGACAACUCCAUUGAUGAUGAGGGAGUGAUAACUCUUACCAAAUGUCUACCAGAGCUGUUCCCUAGUCUGGACAGCUUCACUGUCAGUUUCCAAGGUGCUGUUUAUUUCCGAGGUAAUCCAGUGAGCGAGGAGUUCAUACUCAUGUGCAACGAACAGUUGAAGGUUAUACGGAAUUUUGCAGUGCUAAAUGAGUGGGAGAGAACAUGUUUACCUCCACAAAAUGAAGUGAUGAAUUGUACUUUCCAUUCUCUUUGGGAUACGCUACUGUGGGAGUGAUUGACAUGGCUCCAGUGAUAUCUUCAGCUGUUUCCAGUAACCGAAUAGUUUAUGAGGUUGUCAAUAAUGUGGACACUCCUAGUGAUGUCACUGAUCCAGACACUCUCUCUCAAGCAUCACCAGUAGAGCACCACCCCACAGCUAGUGACGAGGCUACUUGCACUACAGCCCUGCAGUAUACAUAUAGAACAGAUCAACAUACAACAGACACAGCUGCUGAUGUCACUGAAGGAGAUACCUCACAAGAUGUCCUCCCUUCAUAUCCACACACCAUUCCCUCAGGAGGUGAUGGACUGAGGACUGUGACCAUUGAGGAAUUGAAGGAGCGUACAAAAGUGACCGACUCUCAACUUGAUACUGAAGUGAAAGAGACAGACAUGUUGGACCUGGCAGAUCACUUUGACAAUGUUGAGACCUACCCUGCUAUGUUGGGGCUGAGCCCUGCUGAACAGAAAGAUGUUAAAUAUGCUUUGUUUCUCAAUGACAUGCAAACAGCAAUGUUUCAUACUCUAAAGGUGUGGAGACAGCAUAAGCGGAAACCACACCUCCUAAUUAAUGACUCAUUUCCGGGAAUAACUAGUUGUACACUUGUUACAAAUUUUUAUGAUGUUACAAUUUUGUUGUACUUGUAAUAACAAUUAUAAUCAUUGCUAAUAUUUUUACAGUGCUAACUAGUGUUCAAGCUGGCGCUGUGCUAAUGCCUCUCGCCAUGUUUUUGCUUUCGCUGAAAAGUAUUAGAGUGUUAUAUUAGUUUCUAUAAUGAAUUUUAUAUUAAAGUUAGCUUAUCUAUAUAAAAUCACUGAGAAGAAAAGACUUAUUUACAUGCAUCUAUUGUUGUAUUAUGUGGCUUACUAGGACCUCAAGAAAGAAGAAAAUUGAUUCUUCCAAGAUCUGUAGUUCAGUGUAUAUAAUAUCUAAGAAGAAAAGACCUGUGUACAUGCAUAUUGUUAUCUAUAUUGUUAUAUGGUAGUGUUUUGUGGCUUACCAGGCCUUCAAGACAAAGAUGAUUCUGCCAGGAGGAUCUGGAUCUGGAUCUUGGAUAUUAUUAUUUUCUCACACGUGGGGAAUGAGCGCGCAUGCGCAUUACAUACACAGGAAUAAUUAAAGGGUGUGUCCAAAGAGAUCAAUUUCACAAAUGGCUACUGCUAGCUAGCUGUUUUAACAGAUAUUUUCUGAGUAUUGUAGCUAACAAAAAGCUAGCGCUUUAGUGCAAGGCUAACUCAUAUGUUGAAUAGAAAGUUUGUGUGGACAGAUGAUGCUAUGAAAGAUUCUGAAGAGACUGCAACAGCCUUCAAUGUGAGUCAAACUAGCCAUAACUCGAGAAAGAAGCUUUAGUUUGCAAAUCCACGAAUCAAAAUCCAAGAGAACGUGGCUAGAAGCCUAUAGAAGCUGUUAGUUUUCGUCGCAUUGCAACCGUUGAGCAGUUACAGCUGGAACAGACACACAGACACACAGACACACAGACACACACACACACAGUCAGCUUUACCGUAUCUCUCGUGCGGCUACGCCUCGAGGCAUAACUACAUGUACAUGUACAAUGUAUAUGAUAAUGUAGCUGAUCAGUUACUCUGCUGGCUCUU